GCUCCGGAGGCGGGACUACGCUUCCCGGCAGCGCCAACGCGCAGGGCUCGGCCGGGAAGGCGGCGGCCGCGGUCCCGCACCAUGGCGGGGCGGCCCGGGCCGGGCGCGGGGCGGCGGGCGGCGGCGGGCGGGGGCCGGCCGUUCCCGCGGGAGUGCUGCGAAGGGCUGGGCGGCCUGGAGUACAGCCAGGUGGAUGUGACAGCCAUGGCACGGCUCUUCGGCUACGUGGAUGUGACUGACUCUGCCUUCAUUUUGGCCGCCCUCUCCAUCGCCUUCAACCCUCUCUUCUGGAACAUGGUAGCCAGAUGGGAGCACAAAACACGAGCGCUCAGCCGAGUCUUCGGCUCUCCACGUGCUGCCUGCUACUGCCUGGGUGCUGUUAUCCUGCUGCUUAACUGCGUGCGGAGCCAUUGCUUCACAGAAGCCAUGAAGAGCCAGCCAAAGCUGGAGGGCUUGGACUGCCACUGGGCCUAUUAUUUGGGCUUGGCCAUCUUGGCUGUAGGGACCUUGUUUGUCACCACCAGCUUCUUAGCACUGGGAUUCACUGGGACGUUCCUAGGUGAUUACUUUGGCAUCCUGAUGGAGGCAAAAGUGACCAGCUUCCCCUUCAGCGUCCUGGAUAAUCCCAUGUACUGGGGCAGCACAGCCAUCUACCUGGGCUGGUCUCUCAUGCACGCAAGCCCAGCUGGCCUUUUGCUGACAGCAAUAGUGGCAAUUACCUACACAAUCGCCAUGCUGUAUGAGGGGCCUUUCACAGAGGAAAUAUAUCGGCAGAAACAGAAGGGAGUGAAGAGCAAGUAGCAAGAGCAGUGUCUCGGAUACCUCGCACAGUGUGCCUCUGUCGUCCCCACGCUGGCCCGUUUGCCCGUUUUCCUACUGAGAUGUAUCCUGUAAUUAGCCCAGCAAUCCUUAAUGAGCCAACUGAGCACCCUGCAGCAUUGGAAGCAAGGAGAACAACACCUCCUCACUGCAGGAGCUGGAGGUCCCGGUCCCCAGGUCUCUGUCCCCAUUGCCGGGUCACUGCAGCUCCUGCCAUGAAGGUGGUACCACGGCGUGGGACCUCCCAACCUCUUCUCCUGCACCAGUUAUUGGAGAUCUACAAGGGAUAAAGCAAUUCAGCACCAGCCCUGGACUGGAGGGCAAGAGGUGAUGGAGGCACUGGGGCCCUUUUGUAAGCAACCUCUGAGCGUGGAGAAGCACCAACUCCAGCUGAUCUAGAGAUCAUCUGAAGAUGCUGCUGAAGGCUCAGGUGAAGCAAUGGAGAAGGUUCAGGAGCCCCUGAGGUGUUCAGACACGGCUGGGGAAGGAAGAAGGGAAACUGCUGCAAAACCCAACAACAAAAUCUGCUGCAAACCCAACAAAUCCCCUCCCUUCUGGGAGAGGAGAACCUCCCCAUCCAGAGCUGUGGUUUCCCAUCUGUGCAGAGCCCUGUAGCAUCUCCUGACUAUUUGGAAAGGCUCCAAGAAAGGAGACUGAAAAGCAUGGAGAUGUGAAGAACAACCUAAACCACCACCCAAGGGGGAUGGAGGGCUGGCAGCCGUCCAUGGGGAAACCGCAGCAUGGAGAAGACCAAAGGGAAGAGUCAAUCCCCAUCCGUGCCCUGCAGAUAUCCCAUCCCCGGCCGUGUCGGAGCUCCAGCUCCUUCCUUUUCCCAGAUGAGGGUCCUGCUUUGCCUUCCCCACCACCCAGUGCCUUCCAGCUGUUUCCUGCUGCCUUGCAGGGGCAGUGGAUGGGAGGGAGGGAAGCAAAGGGCUGCGUCUGCCUUUGCUGCUGCCUUUGGAUCUGCUCCUCCAGUCCUGCCACCAGCCUCUGCAAGUCCCAAAGAACCCAGUGCUGGAUGCUUCCCUGAAUAGAUGCAUCCCAGGUAUGAUGCUCCAGACCCUCAGGCUCAGUGUUUACAGAUUCCCAGAACAGUUUGAGAAAUAAGCUGUAAAUGACCAAAAAAGAGGCAGUGUAAAGCCCCCCCCACUGCUGCCGGCUCACCGGGAUGCGGUGCCACAUCUCAGCAUCACCUUGUCCCCUCCACAGAGGGUCCUCCCUUUUCUCACUGUCACCUCACAGUCCAGUUUCCUCUUGCUUUUGCAUGUUGUAAUUCACCUUUCGGGCAUUGCUCAGCAGGAAUUAAAAGUGUUGGUUUCUUUUCA